AUACAUUGUAUAGUAGUUAUUGUAUAUUGUUGAGUAAUAUUUUUUUUGUGGCCACAACAACAAUUAUAUAAUGACGAAUAAAAAAGUGGAAAUAUGUACUCUGUGUUUUUGAACAUUUCAGUGACAACACAUGUACGUCUGGCGCAGUCUGCCCAAAGUGCUAUUAUAUCCUGGGCAAAAUGUGCAAAGGCCUGCAAACAGUGCCAACAUCAGCAUCAGGUGCCAGCUCUCCGGCUCAAAGGACGCCGCACAAGGUCAACAAGCGAUGUCUUGUUUUUACUCCCCGGCAAGGCAAACGCACCAAUCCAGGAAAAAGUGGAACAACAAAUUUAAAAAAAUCCCGUAACUAUAAGGCAAGAGCCUGUACGUUGCUGCACAAGUCAAACUAUGAAAAAAUGCUUGCUUUGCUGUGGGGCUCAAGCCAGGCGUUCCGCGCAGCAUUGACAAAGUUUCUCAGGAAGAAAGUUUAUUCGGAGGCAAAGGAAUUCGGGGAAAAACCGUCAGUACUACGCCAAAAUUUAAGCUUGGCCAACAUCAAUGCUUUCAACUGGAACACUGCUAUUGCGGAAAUUGAAGCUGGCAUGCCACUCAUCUUCAACACCUACUGUGGCAUGAUGGAGAAGAGGAGACGCUCAAGUGGUCGCAUCGUGUCCGUUGCACUAAGCAAACCAAGGCUAGGUGCAUCCAUUGGCAUCAUGUUGGCUAACAGACAGCCAAGGGCCUACAAACUUCUGCCAGCAUGGAUUGGGGUCGAGCUGUUGAGGAGUGGCUGCAAGAAGAAGGUUUUCUCGUGCUUGAGUCACGUUGGCAUCUGCCAAACGGCGUCAUCUGCUCAGCGAUGUGUCGAUAAGAUAGCGAGUGAGUUCGACAAAGAAUUACGCCAAUGGAAGAAUGACAUAGAGAAAGAUUAUCACAACUUGAAAAGCCUGGAUCUCUUCAACUGUGAAGUUACCAAUAUUGAUAAUUAUAGGCAAAAG